AUGCCCGAGCACUUGCCUGAGCACUUGCUUGCGCCCAUGCCCAUGCACUUGCCCGUACUAGGUGACACGCUCAAUGCCCCACGUAUUCAUGCACGCACACUCCCAUGCCCCUAUGCACUCACUCUUGCACACCCACCCUAUGCACACACAACACCAGGAUGUGCGCCUAGUCACCCACACAACAACAGUGGUUACAUGUCUCCAGAAUAUGUCAUUGUUGGAUUGUACUCUACAAAAUCAGAUGUUUAUAGCUUUGGUGUUUCAGUUCUAGAGAUUGUGAGUGGGAAGAGAAACAGAGGGUUCUAUCACCCAAACCUCUGCAUCAACCUUCUUGGACACGCAUGGACCCUCUAUAUGGAAGGUAGAUCUUUCGAAAUUAUUGAUGCGUCAAUGGGAGAUACCUACAAUCUAUCUGAAGUGCUACGUUCAAUCAAUGUCGGUCUGUGGUGUGUGCAACGUUGUCCAGAUGAUCGGCCAAGCAUGUCUUCUGUGAUUCUUAUGCUGGGUAGUGAGGGUGUAUUACCUCAGCCUGGGAAGCCUGGUUUUUUCAGUGAAAGACAUGUGCUAGAAGCAAAUUCCAAUCGAGAGGCCACAUCGUUUUCAGGCAAUGAAGACAUCAGUAAAAUAUUAGACGCUUGA